UGUUAGCGCUGAUAGAUCACACUGCCUGCUUUUCCAUUUCUUCGCAAAGACUUCACUAGACAGCUUUACUUGGAAUUAGUUAUGGUUUACCCCUAAGCAAGUCUCUCACCUUGUCAUCGCCGUCACUGCUGUAGUUGUAGCUGUCAUUGUACUUUGUGGCUGUAGUUUAGUUGUUGAUGUUGUUGAUUUUGAUGUUGAAAUUCGAAGGUCCAGACUGAGAUCCACGUGAUCUCUUAGUCAGCUCAACAAGCCGUCAACAAAAAAAAAAAGAACUUCGACUUUCGCAACGAAACAAGCAGAAGCAGCAGACGAAGACGAAGAAGAAGAAGACGACGAAGACGACGCAAGACCAGCAGCUCGAUCGAUCAGACGCACCUCCGAAGCAGCUCAGUGAGACCGCUGCCUGUGCCAAUUGCUCUCCCUCGUCGCCAGAGACCGCCCAGCUAGCUUCUUCUCCCCGUCCUCAGCACAAAUUCCCGCGCAAAUGGCCGCCCCCAGGAUACUACGGCCGGCUUCCCGACUGCUGGCACCGCGAUCGUCUCUCCCAGCAGCCCGUUUCUCCGCCUUCCGACCGGCUGUCUUCGCCCAGCCGGUUGCACAGAGACGCUCGUAUGCUGCUCCCAGCGGCGUGAAGGAGGUCACCGUCAGAGAUGCGCUCAACGAGGCUUUGGCGGAGGAGCUGACCAGCAACGAGAAGGUCUUCAUUCUCGGAGAGGAGGUGGCUCAGUACAACGGAGCUUACAAGGUCACCAAGGGCCUUCUCGACCGAUUCGGCGAUCGUCGAGUUAUUGACACUCCCAUCACCGAGCAGGGUUUCUGUGGUCUCGCCGUUGGCGCUGCUCUUGCUGGUCUUCAUCCGGUUUGCGAGUUCAUGACCUUCAACUUUGCCAUGCAGGCCAUCGACCAAAUCGUUAAUUCCGCCGCAAAGACUCACUACAUGUCCGGAGGUAUCCAGCCUUGCAACAUCACCUUCAGAGGACCCAACGGUUUUGCUGCUGGUGUCGCUGCCCAGCACUCUCAGGACUACGCUGCCUGGUAUGGAAGCAUACCUGGCCUGAAGGUUGUCACUCCAUGGAGCUCUGAGGACGCCAAGGGUCUCUUGAAGGCUGCCAUUCGUGACCCCAACCCAGUCGUCGUCCUUGAGAACGAGCUUCUUUAUGGACAAUCUUUCCCCAUGAGCGAGGCCGCCCAGAAAGACGACUUCGUUAUUCCUCUCGGAAAGGCCAAGAUCGAGCGUCCUGGAAAGGACGUAACCAUCGUCACACUCUCCCGCUCCGUUGGCCUCUCCCUUCAGGCUGCCGCCCAGCUCAAGUCCAAGUAUGGUGUCGAGGCCGAGGUCAUCAACCUCCGCUCUGUCAAGCCGCUUGACGUUGAGGCCAUCGUCAAGUCAGUCAAGAAGACCGGUCACUUGAUCGCUGUUGAGUCCGGGUUCCCCAUGUUCGGUGUUUCGUCCGAGAUCCUCGCCCUCGCCAUGGAAUACGGUUUCGACUAUCUCCAAGCCCCUGCUAUCCGUGUCACUGGUGCUGAAGUGCCUACCCCAUAUGCCGAGAAGCUGGAGACCAUGAGUUUCCCACAGGAGGACACCAUCCUGUCCCAGGCCACCAAGCUCCUCCGACUAUAGACACCACCUGUACCAACAACACCAAGCACAUCCCGCGUCUAGUACAACUUUAUAAACCCUCUGUUACUACUACAUUACACCCACUCUUUGCGGCGCUCCAUCUCACUUGGCCUCUUCCCCACGGAUUUUCUUCUCUUCUGUAGCUACGCUAUCCCUCUUCGUCCCUCUGUAUUCCCUUUUCCUUUUCCAUCUUGUGUAUUUUUACGCUACCUGACGAUAUAUAGCGCCCACACUUGUACUAUUCGUCUUUUCUCAUUUGGUGUGAGCGCGUGUCUAUGGCGC